GACCGAUUAUGGAAAAAAAAUCGCAAACCGUCCAGUGAUAUCUGCAUUGGAUCGGAUCUCAAUAGGAAUUGGAAUUUUCGAUGGAAUUCUACUGGCUCUAGCAACAAUCCUUGCGAUGACGAUUAUCCCGGAAGUGAGCCAUUCUCCGAAAUAGAGAUAAAAAGCAUAUUUAAUUAUAUGCUGGAAUCCAAUAUCGAUCAUUAUUUUAAUACGUAUAUUUCGCUCCACGGUUUUUCUCAACAAUUGCUGUUUCCUAUCACUACGAAUUUAUCUGACGCCUAUUAUGAAAAAUAUCUUCACGGUCAGAUGAUAACUAAGGCUCUUCAACGGAGGUACCAUACCCAAUAUGAGAUAGGAACAACUGACGAACAUAGGUUGAGUGGUUCUAGCGUAGAUUACCUCUUCCAUGAUUUCCGUAAACCUAUUGUAUUUCUCUACAAAUUGCGCGAUAAGGGUCAAUACGGUUUCUUGUUACCACCUCAGCUGAUUAUUCCGACUGGAGAAGAGACUCUAGAUUCUCUUACUGCUGUAAUGCUUUAUGAAGGAACUUAUGGAGAAAUGAUGGAACAGUGAAUUUUUGUUGUUAUAGUAUAUAAAUCUAUUGUUAUUGAUUAUAUAUUUUUAUUUGAUAAAUAAGAGAUUUGUUGCAUAAAGAAACAUUUUUAUAUAAUCUAUCGA